ACACCAACAACCUGUAUGCUGCUUUCAGGUUCUGGACGACAGCUGAGACCAGCUGAGCCUCCGGGAGAUGCUGAUGCGGAUGCAGAGGAUGAAGAUUCUGUUAAUGAAGUGGCAGUAGAAGACAUCCGUCCAAGGCCACAAGGAUCCUCUCCAGUUUAUGAAUAUUCCAUAGAAGAAGAAUAUUUAAAGGAGACAAUGGAAGUGACCCUGAAAACAGAAGUGGAAGCUGGUGCUAGUGGUUUUAGUGUGACGGGUGGAGGAAAUGAAGGAAUAUUUAUUAAAAAAGUGCUUAAGGAAUCUCCUGCUUCAAAAAUAUUUAGCCUGAGAGAAGGUGAUCAGCUUCUAAGUGCUACAAUAUUUUUUGAUAAUAUCAAAUACGAAGAUGCACUCAAGAUUCUCCAAUAUUCCGAGCCAUACAGAGUCCAAUUCAGCCUCAAAAGAAAAAUUGCUGGGAAAGAAGCACUAGAACACAUUCGCUCUACAGACCAGUACAAAAAGGAAAGAAUAAGCCAGGAAAAAGAACUCACUGAGAGCAUUCCUGAAGAAACACUGCAUGUUUCAGGAAAAGGCAUUUCAGAAGAAGACAGGGAAACAUUAAUUGUAAGCCAAAGGGUAGGAAGAAGCAAGAGACCUAAAAAAGACAGAUUAUCAUGGCCAAAAUUCCAGUCAAUUAAAAAUAAAAAGAUACUAGGGCACAGAAGAUCUCAUAGUACAUCAGAUGCAUAUGAGCCUGCUAUACAAGAUAUUUCCCCUACAAGCACAGAUACAGAGUCUCAAUUUCAACCAGAAGUCCAUAUCAAAGAAAAGAAAGGAAGCCAAAAGAAACUGAAGUUCCCUAGCAUUGGAUUCAAAAUGCACAGAUCCAAACCAGAACCGCAAGACAAGCAAAAAAAAGAAAUAAAAAAUACAGUGUUAUCUGAAAGAGAAAAAAUACAUAAAGAAGAUAUCAGCCUGGAAAAUCCUGAAAUUCUAACUGUUGAAUAUACCACAUCUCCUGCUUAUGAAAUUAAAACAGGGGAGAUACAUGAAACUAUAACAAAAGACUUAAAAGAGAUGAAAAACGGCAUUCCAUCUCAUGAAAAAAAAUGCCCUGAAGUUGAAAUAAGCAUUAAAAAAGAAAAAGACAAGGAAUCAAAAUCAGAAUUUACUGUACCUGAGGUACCAGCUAUAACAACACAGAUAUCAAAACCCAGAUUAGAAACACCUGACCUGAAAGAAAGCCCAACUAAACAAACAUCGCAAGUCUCAUCAAAGUCACGAAAAAAGAAACAGAAAGAAAGAGCAGAUAAAACAGAAGGAGAAAGUGGAAUUAACAUAGACCUGACGGGUCACACAUCACAAGGAUCUAUACAGGUAAAAGGUCUAGAAAUAGGCACUGCUAAAGCAGAAUUACACACAACAUCUGACACACUGGAAACCGGAGAAAAACAACCAGAAGACGACACACAAAUACUAACAAUUCAGAAAACAAAAUUUGGGAUUUCAAUGCACAGAAGAAAAGAGCCAGAGAAUGAAAACAACAAACUGGGAAGUGAUGUUCCACAUUCAGUAAAAGAAAAAACAGCUGACAGGAGUUCAGAGGAUGGCAGGAAUUUGGAUGUGAAACCUCACAUGCCUGAAGAAGAAUCAGAACUAUCUACUUGGAAAAUACAAAUGCCGUCAUUCAAAAUGGCCAAAACACUUAAAGCAGACAUGAAAAUACCAAGAGAAGAAAGCGCAGUGGAAUCAGUAGAUACUGUAAAAAAGGAAAAGGUAGAAGAAGAUGGCAUGCCCACAAGUGAUAAAACCGUGAAGAUGGACACGAGCAUGAAGACAGGAGAAAAGGAUUUGGAGGGAAAAGAAAGCAAAUUCAGACUGCCAAAGUUAAAAUUACCUACGUUUACCUGGUCAAGUACAAAGGAUGAGACAGGGCAAACUGAAGGUCAG